AGCGAUCCGCGGGGUUCUUUCCCUUAUGCCCCUCUGCCCCUCCAUCUUAAUUUUUCACGAUCGGCGAUGCUUUUCUGCCAAAAUGGAAACCUCCCCACUGAGGCUUAUUAGUGCAUCUUGGCAGGGCCCCCUUAUCUUCCAAUCUUCACUUUCUAAUCUUUCCAGCUCAGCAUUCCCAGCAUUCGCACUUAUGUUCCGAUAGGGCGGUGACCGGAUAUUCUUCGGUGGCAUUUUUUAAUUCUUUCCCGGUCCGACUACAACGAGCGUCAUAAUCCUUACUUCAAUCUACCGGGGUAAGGAAGUUUAUCGUGUCUUACUUCUAAUUCCCGUACAGAUCACGCAGCAGGAAAUAAUAGCCGCACCAAGAGGAAGGGUUCACCCAACCCUUCCCCCCUUUCUCUAUCCGACUCUAAUGUCGACUUCUCGGGCUUUGAUGCCCAUAUUCGGGUCUAGUUGCCGUAUUUUCGAUCAAUUGGUACCUCAAUUGGCAUCUCAAUCGACCAGGAAGUUCAUCUCUAGCCGACCAUCCAUCCCGAUAUGCCCGAGCUGCCGACAUAGCUAUUCUCCCAUCUUGAGUCGACGACAACUCCAAUUUUCCUCCUCUUCUUCGUCAUCCUCCAAUUCAACUCCUCCAAAACCUCCUAAUAACAAUGAUGCCCAAAGCAAUUCUCCCGCCGGGCACCACAACCCCACCCCACCAUUCCCUCCUCCACCCUUCCCAGAAACGCCGCAAUCAGAACCCUCAAAACCACCAACCCCACAGCAACAACAGCACCAGCAAUCAGCUCCUCCACCUCCAGAAUAUGAACCCGAACCCGAGCCCGAACCUCAGAAACCCGCCGACCCUAACCUCCCAUCAACGCAAAACUCCCGCCGCUCCUCCCUCAACCGCCAGCUCAGCGCAUUCAUGGACCGCGCACAAACUACUCUCUUCGCCGCCUCCCAACGCAUCAACGACCUAACAGGCUACUCCGGCAUCGAAACCCUAAAAUCCCAAAUCAGCACCCUCGAAGCCGACCUAGCCUCCGCCCAAGCCUCCCUGCACGCCGCGCGCGGCGCCUACAAGCACGCAGUCGCCGAACGCGCAUCCACGCAACGCGAAGUAACCGCCCUCCUAGCACGUCAAAAAACCUGGUCUCCAGCCGAUUUCGAACGAUUUACCGCGUUAUACCGUCAAGACUACGAACUCGAAGCCGCGGUCGCCUCGCGCGCCUCCGAGCUCGAGGAAGCGGAACAUACUGUGGAGAGACUAGGACGGGAGCUUAGCGCGGGGAUAUUGUCGCGGUAUCAUGAGGAGCAGAUUUGGAGCGAUAAGAUUCGGCGCAUGAGUACGUGGGGUACGUGGGGUUUGAUGAGUGUUAACGUGCUGCUUUUCUUGGUUUUCCAGUUUGGCGCUGAGCCCUGGAGGCGGAAAAGAUUGGUUAAGGGGUUCGAGGAGAAGGUGCGCGAGGCGUUGGAAGAGGAGCGGAGGUUAGAUGAGAAGGAGCGGGAAGUGGAGAGGGAGAGGAGGAGAGUUGAAGAGUUGAACGCUGCUGCGACCGCCGCGGCGGAAGCGCCCGUUGCGAUUAAGGUUGCCGAACCGGAGCCGAAGCCGACUGAGGCGGAACUAACCCACGACCUAAUAACAAUAGAGAAACCCUGGCCCCCGAGGAUAAACAUAUCAUGGCAAGAUAUCCGAGAAACACUAUUCGAUCCUAAUUGGUGGAAAGCAUUAUUCAUCGACCUAUCAAGUGAUAGGAGGAUCGCCAUCCGAAUGAGAGACGUUUCGCUAAUAGCCCUCGAAGGCGCCGCAGCCGGUGCGGCAAUCGUCAGUACUAUACUUUCAGCUGUCUUAUUUAUUCGAAGAGUAUAAAAUAGACCGUGCGUCAAGAAUUUUGUACUUUAUCAACUACAACCACACCACCUACCUACCUAUCUUCAACUGUACAAAAUUUGUUUACGAUACCCAAGAAAAACUCCCCCAGACUAUCUUACUAUGUAUGUAAAUCCAUUUGUACAUAUAAACAUAUUCAAAAGAAGGGUGAUUGUUGCAUUAUCGGCUAGGUUAGGGUAGUCUAAUAUAAAAAAAGGGCGUGGGCAAAUAGAUAGGUACUCAAAUGCCUGGAUAUAACUUUUUCUUUCACGACAACAUAUAACCUUGCAUCGUCAGUAACUGCCACUCCACGACUAACAACAACAAAUUCUAAAAAGCA